AUGAUCAGUGAAGCCCAAUAUAAUGAACAAUUACCUAGACUAUUGAGUCGCAUGGCGAAACUGUCAGCUAUCAAAUCAAUCCAACAAUCAACAACAUCCUUUUCAAGCAAAGAUCUAAUCAAGGGAACUUCAUCACCAUCAAACGUUAAUACACCAGGUCAUAUCCAAUUCAUGAUCCGUUACAACAACAAUUAUGCAUUGCCAAUCCUCUACUUCAAAUACUUUAAGCCACAAUACAUUAUCCAAGAUGAUAUGGAGAUUGAAACAUCAACAUCAAUCAACAAACUUGAAGAAAUCCAGUCUUUUUUACAAAUACCUUCGGAAUUUCCAAUAAGUUUAGGACAAUGUGAAGAUGAGACUUGGUGGUUUAUACAUCCUUGUAAUACUAGUGAUUUCCUACAAAAUAGUGAAGAACAAGAUUAUUUGAACAAUUGGUUUAGUGUUUAUGGUGGGAUACUGUUUAAUGUUAAAGUUGAUGAGUUUUAUUGA